UUCGAUGCCAAUGAAAUAAAUACCAAUGUCAACGACAUCCGUAGUCUCUGCAAAGACAACCACCACCGGCCAUGCAUGCGGCCAUUGCGGCCAAGUCGGCGACAAAUGGAUGCGCUGCAGCCUUUGCCUUACCACGUACUACUGCAGUCGACAGUGUCAGGUUCAGGCGUGGAAGCAAGGGCACAAGUUGGCUUGCACCAAGUCUUCGUCCACCACCUGCACACCAGCGGCGCCGUCAUCGCAUGAACAACCCACCGCUGGCAUCGUGUACCCUCUGCCGUUCGUACGAGACUCGAGUCGAUUCUACGAUCAAAUCACGGCCUCGCACAGCGCCGACCUGAUGGACCACGGGUUUACGGUCAUCGACAACUUUCUCGGGGGUGGGUGGGCCCAUGCCCUGCUGGCCGAGCUUCAAUUCCUCGUCAAGAAGAACCUCCUCGUGCCAAACAAGACGCAGUUCCCGUCCACUACGACCCCCGGCGCGGUCGCGCAGUAUGAAAAGCCGCACAUCUUCGAAGCCGACCUCCACAACCACUCCGUGCGAACCCAAGUGCCUGAAUUCAACGCGCUCUUCCAUCAAGACGACCUCCUGCUCGCGUUGGCUCAGCACACGAACCUGCCGCUGAUACCCGGCACCCACGGCAAGACGCUCAAGGUGCAGUUCAACGAGGGUCAAGGCGGGUGCUUUCCCUGCCACUACGACAACCCCGGUCGCCCCAACAAGCGACGGCUCACUUGCUUGCUGUACCUCAAUCCGUCUUGGAAGGAUGGCGACGGCGGCGAAAUUCAAUUCUACCCGUUUGUCCACACCCCAGUCGUAGUAGCCCCUCGCAUGGAUCGGCUGGUGGUGUUUUCCAGCGAUCGCGUGCUGCACCGGGUGUUGCCGUCGCACGCACGUCGGUACUGCUUGACCGUUUGGAUUGACAGCCACGAUGUCAAUACAGACCAACAUGCAUCGCUCAGCGUCGCGCCGACGGACCUUGCGGACUGGCCCGCUUUUGUUACCAAGCUGGCCAAGUCCCCUGUGCAGCGCCUGCUGUCGCGCGGAGUGUAUGCCGAGGAAUACCUCGAGUCUCUCACCCAAUGCAUGGCGAAUGACGCCCCGGAAGGGUUCACGGAGAUGAUGCAUGCGCAUCAUGCACAUUUGACUCGGAUGAAAGCCAACGCACCGCUGCAAUCGCUGGUGGACAGACUCCGCGACUACAAACGGACCAUCGAAGCAACGAACCCCUCUGCAAUUUUCCUGUAGAAAGGUAGUAGAAUUGAAGGUUUUCCAAAGACUUCAAAGUACGAACAGUAGUCGACGUAAGACAAUCAUAUAUGAUUUCCACGGUA